AUGAUAUGUGUGUUUCUUGAUACGCAUUCCAGUGGAUUGGGGACUAUGUUUUGGCCGCUUUAUCGAGUCACAUCCGCCAAUACUUCAGGAACGCGCAAAUGGGGUCGUCGUUUUUUUUACUGUACCGGUCUGAUGACUACACUCUACGUUUGUGCCGACUACUGGACAGGUAUCUCAUUCACUCGUUCUCUACGAGCGGUAAAGGGGACAGCGCAGAUUGCGUAUUUAUACAAGACCACAACGCCUGAAACUUGCGAGGAAUUUUCGAAUUUGCAUCGCACUGCAGCAGAAUUGAUUUUAAAUGUCUGUUUGAAGAAUGAGGGUCUUUACAUCAAGCUUGGACAAGGCUUGAACGCGUUGAAUCAUGUCUUUCCACGCGAGUACAUGGAUGUUUUGAAGGAUCUUCUCGAUAAGGCCCCGUGUGUGCCGUUAGAUGAUAUUAAUCGAAUUAUUCAGGAAGAAACUGGAAAAACCGUAGAUGAGAUAUUUUCUCAUUUUGAUCCCGUACCUGUCGCCUCUGCUUCGAUGGCGCAGGUGCACCGGGCCACAUUGCGCCCCACAACUCUGCAAGAUGAGCCAAAAGAAGUUGCUGUCAAGGUUCAGAAGCCGUAUAUUCGCUAUCAAGUCUUUUGGGAUCUACAAACGUAUCGUUUUCUCACUUGGGCAAUUGGAGUUCUCUUCAACAUGCCAGUGAGUUGGGCACAACAGACUAUCAUCGAAGGCGUCCGUCGUGAGACUGAUUUUGCUGCAGAAGCAGGCAACCUGGAGCGAAUGCGGUUUGAGCUUGCUGAUAAUCCAAACGUGUAUGUCCCGAAGUUGUACAAGGAAUACUCCACCCAACGAUUAUUGGUGCUGGAGUGGAUUGAUGGCGUCAAAUUAGUCGAUGUGGAGACUGUGCGUCAGCAGUUUGAUGUCGUCACUGUUUUACGAACUCUUUUUGACGCAUUUGGGGACAUGCUAUUUAAAUACAGCUUUGUGCAUUGUGAUCCACACGCAGCCAAUAUUUUGGUCCGCCACCCACCGCUUACUGGGAAGAGUGAGCAGCAGGCGCCGCCGCCGCUGGAAAGAUGCACGAAUCCGCAAAUUGUGUUGCUGGACUUUGGCAUGUGCUGCCCAGAAACGGAGAGGUUUCGUGUGGAGUACGCUUUGCUCUUCAAGUCCAUCGUGCUGGGGGACAUGGUAACCAUGCGUAAAAUUGUCACGUCAUGGGGCAUUAUUGAUCCCGAGGUGUUUGCCUCAAUACAAAUGCAAAAGCCUUACGAGUCUUUGCGGCGCGGCAACCGCGAAGAGAUCACCAAGAAAGAAGUGUUUGAAAUGCAGGUGAGGGCGCGAGAAGCUGUCCAAACACUGCUGAAGGACCAAGAAUUGGUGCCACCCGAACUGCCUUUGGUGGGGCGCAGCAUUGACAUCCUUCGCGGACUGAACCGUCUCUACGGUGCACCAAUCAACCGUGUAAAUAUGCUUAUACGGCGGGCUGUAGCAGGGCUUGGCCCUAUCAACAGCUAUGAGAGUGCUCAGUACUACCUUGACCAGAUUGAUCGGCUGGCUGAAACCACACCAGCAAAGGAGACGACGACGGCAGAAGGCGUUGCAGCUCCAAAAGUGGUGUCUGUGUUUGAUGCUGCUGUUGAACGGCAACGGCGGGAGCAGGCGGCGGCUGCGUUACGUUUCCACGCAAAGCACAACGCCUCUGUGAAGAGGCGGCUGCGCGCAAAUGUCCUCUCCGCAUACAGGAGGGUUAUAUUUGAAGUCAUGCUAUUUAUCCUUGAUGCUUAUCACCUGUUUGGGCGCUUAUACAUGAUGCUUCUAAUUGCGUGUGUGCCGGGAUCAGCGGACGCAAGGCAAAACGAGGACUCGCUAGAGGACCUCUUUCAGAGGCGGGAGCUUCGUUUUGGUGACAAUCCAUCCCGUUCAUCGAAGAAGGAAAAAAGGGAAGCGUAA